CGACAACAGGUGCAUUUCUCGAGCCGCAAAGGUCCUGGUGGAAGGUUUGCAGGAUGAUGUCAUAGCGCCGACGUAAUGCAAUACACCUCGCGCCCUGAUAGAGGGCGCUGUUUACGCAUAUUCUUAUCUAUAGACGAGGGAAAUGAUCGGAAGUGACAAUAAACGGUUAUCAAGAGGAGGGAAAAAAAUUCCAGGACAGAAAAAUCCCCCCCGGUGAUUCCCAUAACUUGUAAUCAUCCCUCUAGCUCCGCCCCCCCCACGAUAAAGGCAUAGAACCGGCAACUGUGUCCUCCCAUCCCCGCUCCAGGCAUCCCGUGUGGUGCAAAUAAAAAGAGCGGGAGCUGUGUAUAAACAAGUCCGGGCAAGAACUUGGCGCCGAGAUGAUGCUGUGGGCCGCCUUGCUCGCGUGGUACUGCGGUUUGAGUCUCUUUGGAGCUGCUGCGGAGCUCGUGGAGGCGGAGAGGAUUCAGACGUGCGGCACUAGGUGCUCUCAGGGCCUUCAGUGCAAAACCAAGCCAGCGCAUUUUGUUCCUCCUCCGUGCCAGAAGGCUCCCGAAAGGUUGGAUGCCUCGUCCGUUUUCCGCAACCUCAGCUUUUCCAGCGUUGUAAGGUGCGAGGGGAGGCAGAGGUGCUCGCUGCACCUUCGUGUCAAGACUUCCGUACGCCUUGCAGAGUCCGUCCACGGAUUGUCCGUCUGUUUCGAGACGCCGGGAAUGCUGCAGAGGUGCCAAGUCGUUAGCCUCUUGAAGGCGUCCAGGCGGAAAAUGGCGGGGAUGCAGGUGGAGGUGGAGAACGACUGCGUCGGCGUUCACCCCGGGCAGCAAGCAAGAGUGACCGUGACCGCGUUCCCGAGCUACUGUGGAUUAACCCGGAGUAGUACCUACGUGGCUCCAGACUGCUCGUGGAAAGAUUUAAGAAGACUCGUUCCCGAAUGCAUCACCGGCAGGAUAUCGCACGACGUGGACCUGGAGAGGAAGGAGGUGCGCGUCGGGGUUAGCAACGCUCUGCAGGGCCACGACUACCGAGUGCGACUGUGCCACAAAGAUUUCAUCUGUACCGGCACGGGGGAUGAGGCGCUGAUCAAGAAGGAGGAACCCAAAAAGAGUGUCGUUCUCACCUUCUCCAGACCUUUGCCAUGCCUGUGCAUCGAGGGCUGGUCCGCGGUGAUCGACGCCCCCAGGGUCCAGGUCUGCCCAUUCAAAGACCGCACGGAGGAGAUGUGGCACGGGAUCCGUUUCGACCCGCUGGGCGAGGCGCUUUCGUGGGAACCCGCCUGCCCGAUCUCGGGCCGGGCGACGCUGUGCCAGAGGGGGGAAGACGGCGACGGCGGCGGCGGCGGCUGCUCGGAUCUGGAGGGAGCCGAGCGAAAUAUCACCAGGGGAAAGAUCACAUUUGCAAAAGUGGACCCUCACCCUCAGCUGUGCAUGAAGUUCACUGUCGGCGACCAGUCAAGGAUCAGGUGCCCUUUUGUCAAAAGAUUCCAAGCAUGGGAUGUGAGCAUGACUCAGCAGGAAGCGACGCUGACGUCGCUCGUCAACGCCACUUUCGCCGUGAGCGCCUGCGCGCCGUCCCAGGGCUCUGCCGCAUGCCGCGCCGCGGGGGCGACGCACACCACCGUGCACGUGGGGGAGCACUCGUCGGUGGGCUUGAACUUGACAGACGUCCGCGCUUGUGUUUAUGUGAGGCGGAUCGACGUCAAGUACGCCAGCACGGUCCUUCACUGUUUCCCUCAUCGAGCCACACAAGCGUUUCCUGUCCUCCCCGCGCGAGCCGCUUUGGACUCCACCCCGCUCAGCCUUUGGCUCGGCGCCGGCGUCCUCGUCGCGUCCUCGGCGCUUCUUGUCACGUUCACAGUUUACCAAAGGCGAAAGCACACGGAGAUCUAGUUCCGCAGAAGAGCCUACAAAUUCCACUCUCAUUUAUGACUGUUAUGAACAGAAAUAAAGUCAAGGAAAAAUUGCAUUUUUACGGGGGGGGGGGGCGACGGGCCCAAACAAGCGUGACUCGUGUUUAUGUGAACGCGCCCAAUGAACUCUUUAAAAUGUCCCAUCAGCGCUUCCACAUAUUGAGUUCCAAGGAGUUAUCGUCGGUCUUUGUUCCCACUCAGUCGCUGGUUGUUUUCCGACGUGCGCUCGUGCCUCCACUUGUUUCUAUUUUGUCAUUAUUUGUUCCCGUCCAAAGUCUGCAAAGUUUCAAAAUGUCCCAAUGUGAUUUUUGUGUCCAAAUGUCCUCACAAUACACUGACAAUGUGAAUAUGACCCAGCUAACCUGUUUGCAAAAGUGUGCACACCCCCUAUAACUAGUGGGUGUGACCGAUUACAGGAUUAACCAACCACAUUCAAAGCCAAAGUGCCUGUGAGUGAGGGUGUGAAGACCUUUUAAAUUCACUAUAACUCUUAAAAACUCACAAGUUCCACUGUAGUUCAAAUACGACAACCAGCGGCUUGCACACGGACACGCUGCGCCAUGAGGAUGUGAUAAGUGGGAACCUUGAAAAGGGUCACUCGCUUUCCUGGUCCUCUCCCAAAAAAUGUGAAACAGGUGAUGCAUCUUAAGUCUGCAAACUUUCAAAAUGUCCCAAUGUGGGUUUUGUGUCCAAAUGUCCUCACUGUACACUGUCAAUCUGAAUAUGACCUAGCUGACGCGUUUGCAAAAGUGUGCACACCCCUAUAACUAGGGAUGUGUCCGAUUUCAGGAUUAACCAACCACAUUUAAACCGAAGUGCCUGUGAGCUAGGGUGUUUAGAGCUUUUAAAUUCACUAUAACUCUUAAAAACUCACAAGUACCAAUUCAAAUACGAGAACCGCCGGCUCGCUCUGCCAUGAGGAUGUGGUAAGUGGGAACCUUGAACAGGGUCACUCGCUUUCCUGGUCCUAUCCAAAAAAUGCAAAACAGGUGACGCAUCCAAAGACUCAUAUGACAAAACAAUGUACUCUUUUUGUAACGCGCGUUAAAGAGUUUCCUUAAACUGCGUACAGUGCGGCACUUCCUUAUUAAACGGCGAUUCAUAGUUAUUGUCUGGCCGCAUCGAGGAGGAAAUGAGUGAUGUAUUUACGUUUUGCGUUUAUCACGUUGGAAUUUCCACUGAAAAUCAGUUUGAAGGUCAAAGUCCUCUAUGCCGUGUCAGGUCAUAAAGCUUUUAUUCAGGGUGACGGAGCAAAACGUGGCGAAAAAAAAAUCCAUUUUAAAUCAGUUAAUUUAUUAUGCAAUUUAUUAAAUUGACUUUGUUCUUC